CGCUCCGGUUCCCGGCCCCGCUCCUGGUCCCGGCCCCGUCCCGGGCCCCGUUCCCGGUGCAGCCAUGGCGGACGUGACCGCCCGUAGCCUGCAGUAUGAGUACAAAGCGAACUCCAACCUGGUGCUGCAGGCCGACCGCUCGCUGAUCGACCGCACGCGCCGCGACGAGCCCACGGGCGAGGUGCUGUCCCUGGUGGGGAAGCUGGAGGGGACGCGCAUGGGGGACAAGGCGCAGAGAACCAAACCCCAAAUGCAGGAGGAGAGACGAGCCAAGAGGAGGAAGAGGGACGAGGACAGGCACGACAUCAACAAGAUGAAGGGCUACACGCUGCUCUCGGAGGGCAUCGACGAGAUGGUGGGCAUCAUCUACAAACCCAAGACCAAGGAGACGCGGGAGACCUACGAGGUCCUGCUCAGCUUCAUCCAGGCCGCCCUGGGCGACCAGCCCCGGGACAUCCUGUGCGGAGCAGCCGACGAGGUGCUGGCCGUGCUGAAGAACGAGAAGCUGCGCGACAAGGAGCGGCGCAAGGAGGUGGAGCUGCUGCUGGGCCCCACCGACGACACGCGCUACCACGUCCUGGUCAACCUGGGCAAGAAGAUCACCGACUACGGCGGGGACAAGGACAUCCAGAACAUGGAUGACAACAUCGACGAGACCUACGGGGUCAACGUGCAGUUCGAGUCCGACGAGGAGGAGGGCGAUGAGGACAUCUACGGCGAGGUCCGGGACGAGGCGUCUGACGAUGACCUGGAGGGGGACGAGGCCGUCGUUCGCUGCACGCUCUCGGCCAACCUGGUGGCCUCGGGGGAGCUGAUGAGCUCCAAGAAGAAGGAUCUGCACCCCCGGGACAUCGACGCCUUCUGGCUGCAGCGCCAGCUCAGCCGCUUCUACGACGACGCCAUCGUCUCCCAAAAAAAGGCCGACGAGGUCCUGGAGAUCCUCAAGACUGCCAGUGACGACCGGGAAUGUGAGAACCAGCUGGUGCUGCUGCUGGGCUUCAACACCUUCGACUUCAUCAAGGUGCUCAGGCAGCACAGGAUGAUGAUCCUGUACUGCACCCUGCUGGCCAGCGCGCAGAGCGAGGCGGAGAAGGAGCGCAUCAUGGGCAAGAUGGAGGCCGACCCCGAGCUCGCCAAGUUCCUCUACCAGCUGCACGAGACGGAGAAAGAGGAUCUGAUCCGGAUCAGGCUGGCACGCGGGGUGGGAUGGGAAUUUGGGAAUGUCCCGGACGCGCCCCCAAAACCCUUCCGUGUCGCGCAGUCGGCCGGGAGGCUGAUGAGAGCCAUCUUCGAGAUCGUCCUGAACCGCGGCUGGGCCCAGCUCACCGACAAGACGCUCAACCUCUGCAAGAUGAUCGACAAGCGCAUGUGGCAGUCCAUGUGUCCCCUGCGCCAGUUCAAGAAGCUGCCCGAGGAGGUGGUGAAGAAGAUCGAGAAGAAGAACUUCCCCUUCGAGCGCCUCUACGACCUCAACCACAACGAGAUCGGAGAGCUGAUCCGGAUGCCGAAAAUGGGGAAAACCAUCCAUAAAUACGUGCACCUGUUCCCCAAGCUGGAGCUGUCCGUGCACCUGCAGCCCAUCACGCGCUCCACGCUCAAGGUGGAGCUCACCAUCGCGCCCGACUUCCAGUGGGACGAGAAGGUUCACGGCUCCUCUGAGGCUUUCUGGAUCCUGGUGGAGGACGUGGACAGCGAGGUGAUCCUGCACCACGAAUAUUUCCUGCUCAAGGCCAAAUAUGCCCAGGAUGAGCACCUGGUGACAUUUUUUGUGCCUGUCUUCGAGCCCCUGCCCCCCCAGUAUUUCAUCCGGGUGGUGUCCGACCGCUGGCUCUCCUGCGAGACCCAACUUCCCGUUUCCUUCCGGCACCUGAUCCUUCCGGAAAAAUACCCGCCGCCCACGGAGCUGCUGGACCUGCAGCCGCUGCCGGUGUCGGCGCUGCGGAACAGCGCCUUCGAGAGCCUCUACCAGGACAAGUUCCCCUUCUUCAACCCCAUCCAGACUCAAGUGUUCAACACGGUGUACAACAGCGACGACAACGUCUUCGUGGGCGCGCCCACGGGCAGCGGCAAAACCAUCUGCGCCGAGUUCGCCAUCCUCCGCAUGCUCCUCCAGAAUUCCGAGGGUCGCUGCGUCUACAUCACCCCCAUGGAGGCCCUGGCCGAGCAGGUUUUCAUGGAUUGGUACGAGAAAUUCCAGGAGCGCCUCAACAAGAAGGUGGUGCUGCUCACCGGGGAGACCAGCACGGACCUGAAGCUGCUGGGAAAAGGGAACAUCAUCAUCAGCACCCCGGAAAAGUGGGAUAUCCUCUCCCGCCGCUGGAAGCAGCGCAAGAACGUCCAGAAUGUCAACCUGUUCAUCGUGGAUGAAGUGCACCUGAUCGGGGGCGAGAACGGGCCCGUGCUGGAGGUGAUCUGCUCGCGCAUGCGCUACAUCUCGUCGCAGAUCGAGCGGCCGAUCCGCAUCGUGGCGCUGAGCUCGUCGCUGUCCAACGCCAAGGACGUGGCGCACUGGCUGGGCUGCAGCGCCACUGCCACCUUCAACUUCCACCCCAACGUGCGCCCCGUGCCCCUGGAGCUGCACAUCCAGGGUUUCAACAUCAGCCACACGCAGACGCGGCUGCUGUCCAUGGCCAAGCCCGUCUACCACGCCGUGAUGAAGCACUCGCCCAAAAAACCCGUCCUGGUCUUCGUCCCGUCCCGCAAGCAGACCCGGCUCACGGCCAUCAACAUCCUGACCACCUGCGCCUCUGACGUCCAGCGCCACAGGUUCCUGCACUGCGCCGAGAAGGACCUGGUGCCGUACCUGGAGAAGCUGAGCGACCCCACGCUGAAGGAGACGCUGGUGAACGGCGUCGGGUACCUGCACGAGGGGCUCACGGCCAUGGAGCGGCGCGUGGUGGAGCAGCUCUUCAGCUCCGGAGCCGUGCAGGUGAUGGUGGCCUCACGCAGCCUCUGCUGGGGCAUGAACAUCUCGGCCCACCUGGUGAUCAUCAUGGACACGCAGUACUACAACGGCAAGAUCCACGCGUACGUGGACUACCCCAUCUACGACGUGCUGCAGAUGGUCGGCCACGCCAACCGCCCGCUGCAGGACGACGAGGGGCGCUGCGUCAUCAUGUGCCAGGGCUCCAAGAAGGAUUUCUUCAAGAAGUUCCUGUACGAGCCGCUGCCGGUGGAGUCACACCUGGACCACUGCAUGCACGACCACUUCAACGCCGAGAUCGUCACCAAGACCAUCGAGAACAAGCAGGACGCCGUGGACUACCUGACCUGGACCUUCCUGUACCGCAGGAUGACCCAGAACCCCAACUACUACAACCUGCAAGGCGUGUCCCACCGUCACCUGUCGGAUCACCUGUCGGAGCUGGUGGAGCAGACCCUCAGCGACCUGGAGCAGUCCAAGUGCAUCAGCAUCGAGGACGAGAUGGACGUGGCGCCCCUCAACCUGGGCAUGAUCGCCGCCUACUACUACAUCAACUACACCACCAUAGAACUGUUCAGCAUGUCCCUCAACGCCAAGACCAAGGUGCGGGGGCUGCUGGAGAUCAUCUCCAACGCCGCCGAGUACGAGAACAUCCCCAUCCGGCACCACGAGGACAACCUGCUGCGCCAGCUGUCCCAGAAGGUGCCCCACAAACUGACCAACCCCAAAUUCAACGACCCCCAUGUCAAGACCAACCUGCUGCUCCAGGCCCACCUGUCCCGGAUGCAGCUGAGCGCGGAGCUGCAGUCGGACACCGAGGAGAUCCUCAGCAAGGCCAUCCGGCUGAUCCAGGCCUGCGUGGACGUGCUGUCCAGCAAUGGCUGGCUCAGCCCGGCGCUGGCCGCCAUGGAGCUGGCCCAGAUGGUCACUCAGGCCAUGUGGUCCAAGGACUCGUACCUGAAGCAGCUGCCCCACUUCACCUCGGAGCACAUCAAACGCUGCACGGACAAGGGCGUGGAGAGCGUGUUUGACAUCAUGGAGAUGGAGGACGAGGAGCGCACGGCGCUGCUGCAGCUGCCCGAGGCGCAGAUCGCCGACGUGGCGCGCUUCUGCAACCGCUACCCCAACAUCGAGCUGUCCUACGAGGUGGGGGACAGGGACAACAUCCGCAGCGGUGGCCCCGUGGUGGUGCUGGUGCAGCUGGAGCGUGAGGAGGAGGUCACGGGGCCGGUCAUCGCCCCCCUGUUCCCGCAGAAGCGCGAGGAGGGCUGGUGGGUGGUGAUCGGGGACUCCAAGUCCAACAGCCUCAUCUCCAUCAAACGCCUGACGCUGCAGCAGAAGGCCAAGGUGAAGCUGGACUUCGUGGCGCCGGCGGCGGGCGCGCAGCACUACACGCUGUUCUUCAUGAGCGACGCCUACAUGGGCUGCGACCAGGAGUACAAGUUCAGCGUGGACGUCAAGGAGGCCGAGAGCGACUCCGAGUCCGACUGAGCCCAGAGACCCCUCAGGGUCCCAGAUGUCCCAGAGAAACCCUGAGUUAUCCCUCAGAAUUCCAAUUAUCCCAGAGAAACCCUGAGUUAUCCCUCAGAAUUCCAAUUAUCCCAGAGAAAUCCUGAGUUACCCCUCAGGAUUCCAAAUAUCCCAGUAAAACCCAAAAAUCCCAGAGAAAAUCCAAAUUUAUCCUUCAGGAUCCCAAAUAUCCCAGAGAAUCCCUAAGUUGUCCCUCAGAAUUCCAGAUAUCCCAGAGAAAUCCUGAGUUAUCCCUAAGAAUUCCAGAUAUCUCAGAGAAACCCUGAGUUAUCCCUCAGAAUUCCAGAUAUCCCAGAGAAACCCAAAAAUCCCAGAAAAAACCCAAAAUUAUCCCAGUAAAACCCCUCAGAAUCCCAAAUUUCCCAGUAAAGCUCCUCAGAAUCCCAAAAAUCCCAGAGAAAACCCAAAAAACCCACAGAAUCCCAAAAUAUCUCAGGAAAACCCAAAAGUCCCAGAGAAAAACUCAAAAUAUCCCAGAGAAAAACCCAAAGUCUCACAGAAUCCCAAAAAUCCCAGUGAAAUCCCAGCAAAAUCCCACAGAAUCCCAAAAUAUCCCAGGGAAUCCCAAAAUAUCCCAGGGAAUCCCAAAAACCCACCCAAAUACUGUAAAAUACCAGAAAAUCCCAUAAAAAUCCCUUGGAAUCCCAUCAGAACUCCAUAAAAUCCUACAAAAUCCCCUAAAAAUCCCCUAAGCCCCCCCGGGUCUCCUCCUGUUGGUUUUUAGGGUUUGGACGUUUUGUACAGAGUUUUUUUUUAGGUUGGAAUAAACUUCAGGAUGUGA